CUAACCUGUUUUGAGUGUACCCUUGAGUUAUAGUUGGUAAACUAUAAGUAAACCAGAUGAAGUCAAGUUUCUUUGAUUAAUGUGUAAACAUUUUUCAAACAGUUAACAUCUUAUCUGUGAACAGUAAACUGUUAGAUUCAAUUCAGCUGUUUUUUUCCCAAAGACAACGAAACAUCAUUUUUAAAAUAUGAAAGACAAAAUGGUAUCUUUGCCUCUCAACGAAUCAUCCUCGGCAUCGUGUCCAUCAUCACCACCAAAAUGUAACCUAAAUGAAAUGGAAACCAAUGGAUUAAAUAAACUACGACAAAUGGUACAAGAAUCGGGUAAACUCAAGGAUCAAAACAUACCUGAUGAAAUGUUGUUGAAAUUUCUGCGAUCUCGCGAUUGUAAUGUGAAAAUUGCUGCAGCACUUAUCAAGUCCUACAUUAACUUUAUCAUUACCAAGCCCGAUUUGUUUACCUGGUCCGAUGAGGUUAUCCAGUGUAUAAGGACACUAGUUUAUUAUCCGUAUCAACACCGAGGUCCAAAUGGUGAGGUUAUCGUUGGCAUGGAGCUAGGAAAAUGGGAUCCAAGUAAAAUUAAAUUUGAAUCCAUCAUCCAAACAAGUCUAUUCCUCCAGGAAUCUUUUUUACAAGAUGAAAGCGUUCAAACGGCAGGAUUCACUUUUUUGGUCGACAUGAGGAAUGUUUCCCUUCGUCAUAUUUACCAAAUGGGAGUAAAUAAUGCCAUGUUGUUGGCCACUUUAACGGACCAUUGUAUGCCUAUUAUAACAAAAAAUAUCCACGUUUGCUAUGAAAAUCGUCUGACCAAUUUUGCUUAUUCAAUGUUUAGACCAUUCUUGUCUGAGGAACUCAAACGCCGUGUUAUCUUUCAUGGCAGUGAUAUGACCAAUUUGUUUAAAUUUUUACCCAGUCAGUAUCUAUCAUCCAAUUGGAAAGGCACUAAUGAAGAACCUCAAUUGGAUGAUAUGAUUGACCAGAUUAAAGCUAAAUCUCAUCAGAUAGUGAAAACCUGGGAAACAUACAGAAAAUAAUAUUUUUACAUUCAACUUGACUGUCUGCUAAAAGACUUAAUACGAUAUAAGCUUUUUUAUACAAUCAUUGUGAUUUUUACAGCAAUUAUUUGUAAUUUAUUUUGUAACUGCUCUGAAAAGCUUAAUAAAUAUCGCUUUCAAAUCUCA